AUGCGGGGGCUAAUGGCUGAGGAAUUAACUCAAGAGUCAAGGCAUGAUAGGGUAUAUGCUGCUCUUGCGCUCAUAAGCCGGCAAAAUUGGCUUGCUGAGUCAAGUUUGAAGCAUCAAUAUCGAGCCAGUCGUCGUCGCGAAUUUGAAUACGAGGUGACGUAUCACCAAAGAGAAGAAAAGUAUAUCAGAACGCGUGUAGAGGUUAGACGGUACCUGGUAAGAGCUUAG